GAGAAGACUACGACAACAAUUACGUUAUCACGGGCACGAAGAUGGGCAGGGGGCUUUUAGGCGGAAAGUUUUACUUUAAAAACUUUCCCGACGGCUCGUUGGAUAAAUCUAAAGUAAUUUGCGCAUUUUGCAGAGUCGAAUUCAAAUAUCAUAGAAGUAGUACGUCCUUGGCGUAUCAUCUGAGAGCCAAACACCCUGCUGAAGUUACCUCCACGGGUACUAGCCAGUCGACCCUGCCGGUGUUUGGUGUUCGUGGGCGGACUACAAAACGUGUGAGUGACAAGGUAACCGAUUCCUUUGUUAUGUGUGGAUAGCGAAAAACCGCCGCCCCCUUACCAUUUUUCAUUCUGUUGUACCUAACCAUACGGAAUGGACGGUUAAAGCAGUUACUUGAUUAAAUUGUGUUUGUGUCACAUGGCCAACAGGUAUGUUACAACUCGUAAUAUAUACUGAUACGUCACUUCCUGUAGAGAGUGGUGUCGCCGCUCUAACAGGUCCCCGGGCCAACAUUAACGCUAGCAAUCCUGUCUUUUCUUAAGAAAAAAAUGUUUAAAGCAUUUUCCUGAAAACAAAACUUCUCCAUAAUACAGUGUCACUUAUUUUUAGAAUUUAUUAUACAGAAACAUGUCUCUCAAGGGGAACGUCAACUCCCACUCUGAUGUGUACAUUUGUGUUGCAGACCACACACAGAACCAGAUCUCACAAACGCAGGUUGAAAUUGAAGAAAACUGUGACGACCAUCUCGAACUAAUUGAGAGUGAAUCGGUAAAGGUGGAGAUGGAAUCGGUAAAGGUGGAGAUGGAAUCGGUGACGGUAGAGACGGAAUCGGUGAAGGCGGGCUUGGACGCGUCAGCGGGGAUUCUUUCAGAGGCGGCCGAAAUCGAAGCACCAAUAGGGCAACUCGACUCACAACAAACAGAAACUCGAGCAGAAAUUUCCAUGGAUUUUCUCAAGUCGGUGAAGAAAACUCUGGAGAUGGACAAAAAAGAUGAUGAACUUGAAAUCUUCGGUAAAAACAUUGUAUUCAAACUGAGGAAAAUACAAGAUCCGUGGACAUUAGUUGUAGUCCAGAAUGAAAUCGAGCAGGCAUGUUUUCGUGGCAUGAUGGCAAGUCAGCCCAAUCAAACUGUCACCAACACGGAAAACAACCACAAUAAUCAUGAAGAGUGUUAAACCUACUGUAUCAUCACUCAUUUUUAUUUGGAUGGAUUCACUGAGGUUUUAUGUCUUUUUAUUCUAAAGUAAGAAAACAUUGAUUGGUCAUUUGAACUGACUUCAGAAUAGACAUAAGAUACACUAACCUUUACAAGUGAACUUAAUUUAUUUGACCUUCUCUAAACUUUUGAAUGCACGUCUAACUGUUCUGUGUUUCAGUACGUUUUGCACAACUUGCUAUUCUCUAACGAGGGCUGAACAGCAAAAUUCAUAACACGUUUUAAUUGCCGAGAUGACUUAAAGGAGUCCCAAAAACUAUGCCCUAAGGUCAUACAAGUACGAAUUUGGACAUAAAUCUCGAUUUCAUGAAAAAUACACUUUUUGUAUAAAAACAAAAAAGUCCCCUUAAUGUUAUGAGAACGCGUUUUAUUUUAUUAUUUUUUACGAUGAUGAGUUCAAAUGUUACUUUAAGCAUUGUACCUUUUUAAUAAACUUUUUAUG